AUGCUCGGUGCUGCGGGUAUAGCACAAGCAGCUACAUCUUGUCCAUGUGGUUGUCGUACCCAGAACGGUACCGAUUGGGUAUACCGUGAUGGUGCUGACUUGAAACAGAAUGGACAAAUUUUCAAAUGGGCUUCUGUUAAUGUUAUGGAUUUGGGUCAAUUGAUUGAUCGACCUGGAUAUGCUCAAACAACCGUCACUCCAUAUGAAGCUUGGGAUGCUCUCAAAGCUGUAUCAGUUAUGGGUGGUCGUGUCGCUCGUAUCUACGAAUUCAGUAUCUACAACUCCGUAAACCCAACCGGCGACAUAUCUACUUUCCACUGGCAAGGUCCCGGCAAAUACAAUGAAGCCCUCUUCCAAUCCCUCGACUCGACAAUCGCAACCGCCAACUUCCUCAAAGUCAAACUAAUCAUUGGUCUUAUCGAUUGGUGGUGGUGGAGGGGUGGCUGUGCUGAUUUCGUUCAAUCUGUAUGGAAUACGAUUCCUGCCAAGCAGGGGUGGACUGCUAAAUCCAUGGAUUUCUAUACUGAUGCUGAUGCAAUUGCCGAGUUUAAGAAUUUCUUGAAGUGGAUUGUUAAUAGGAAGAAUACUGUUAGUGGACUUCGAUAUGGUGACGACCCAGCAAUCCUUGCUUGGGAACUCGGUAAUGAAGCAGCAGGAUGGAACCAAAUCACACCUCCAGCAUGGACUAAAGGAAUUGCUCGAUACAUCAAAACCGUCGCUGGUGACCCAAAUCAUUUGAUUCUUGACGGUACCAUUGGUGGUGAAUACGGACUUCAAAACACUGAUGGAUCAUGGCCAAACCCUUCAAUUUCUAAAUGGCAAUACAUGCUCCAACAAGGUGUAUUAAGUGAUGCUUGUGUUGACAUUUUCAAUAAUCAUUAUUAUAGCUCUCAAGGCCCAACCGACUACGCCAACCGUGCCCUCCGUGACGUCGCCAUAGUCCGCUCCGCCGGCAAGCCCUUCAUCGUCGGCGAGUACGGUUUCGCAGACAAGCAAUCCUACGACAAUCUCAAUUCUGCCGCAACCAACAAUGGCGUCACCGCAACCAUGAUCUGGAACAUGAACUUCCAUUCCCGUGACGGAGGCUGGUAUGUCCAUUCCGAAGGCAACGGGUACCUCUCCUACCACUUCCCCGGUUUCGCAACAUCCAAUUCGUCACCCUUCGAUGAAAUCGAUGUCAUGAGCAUGCUCCGUAACUGGUCGCGCUGGAUUACCGGUACUAGUUUCCAGACCCUGCCUGUACCUGACGCACCUGAUCUCAGUAUCACGAGCUCCAGUCCUAGGAAUAUGAAGUGGAGGGGUUCGCCCGGUGCUCAGACGUAUCAGUUGCAGAGGGGUUUGAAUGCGUCUGGGCCGUUUACGGUUGUUGCUAGUGGGAUAACGGACAAUGUGCCUUCUGGAAGCACCAUUUAUAAUGAUUAUGGUGCUACUUGUGGAGUUACUUAUUAUUACCGUCUGCAGGCUUGCUCGGAAGGUGGAUGCUCGAUACCGUCUGCUAUUCGUGGGCCAAUCAAGUGUUAG